GGUUGCCAUGGGGAUUGUAGCUCAGUAGAAGCUUCUCAGAUAAUGAGAUCUGCUAGCGACUUAGACCGUUCGCAUGCACAGUUGUUUUUAUCCACACUAAACAACGUUCGUAUGAGAGACAACUUUCGGUCAUGGCAUCGGUUUUAGAUGCUCUUUGGGAGGACAGAGACGUUCGAUUCGACAUAACAGCUCAGCAGAUGAAAAAUCGACCCGGAGAAGUUCUGAUCGACUGCCUGGACUCCAUCGAGGACACGAAAGGAAAUAACGGCGAUCGAGGACGACUUUUGGUGACAAACCUGAGGAUUAUUUGGCACUCAUUGGCGCUGCCUAGAGUCAAUUUGUCUGUAGGUUACAACUCCAUUUUAAACAUCACAACAAGGACAGCCUACUCGAAACUCAGAGGCCAAACCGAAGCCCUGUACAUCCUGACCAAGUCCAACAACACCAGAUUUGAGUUCAUCUUCACCAAUGUGGUUCCAGGAAGUCCUCGGCUCUUUACUUCCGUCAUUGCUGUACACAGGGCCUACGAAACGUCUAAAAUGUACAGAGACCUCAAAUUGCGAGCGGCGCUCAUUCAAAACAAAAACCUGAGACUUUUACCGAAGGAGCAAGUUUAUGACAAAAUCAACGGUGUCUGGAAUUUAUCCAGCGAUCAGGGGAACCUGGGAACCUUCUUCAUCACCAACGUGCGGAUAGUCUGGCACGCCAACAUGAACGAGAGCUUCAAUGUCAGCAUUCCUUACCUCCAGAUUUGGUCGAUCCGAAUAAGAGACUCCAAAUUCGGCUUGGCUUUGGUGAUCGAGAGUUCCCGUCAGAGCGGCGGCUACGUGCUGGGGUUUAAGAUCGACCCCGUGGACAAGCUUCAGGAUGCUCUCAAAGAAAUCAACUCGCUUCAUAAGGUGUUCUCUGCCAACCCCAUCUUUGGAGUGGACUAUGAAAUGGAAGAAAAGCCGCUACCGCUGGAAGAAGUGACACUGGAUCAGCCUCCUGAUGACGUGGAAAUUGAGCCUGAUGAGCAGACGGAUGCUUUCACUGCCUACUUUGCUGAUGGCAACAAGCAACAAGACCGAGAACCAGUUUUUUCCGAGGAGCUGGGCCUCGCCAUUGAAAAGCUGAAGGAUGGAUUUACUCUUCAAGGACUCUGGGAAGUCAUGAGCUGAAAUGAUUGGGAGUGUUUAUAGUACCAGCUCCUGGGGUGGGGAACCACUCAAUGGACUUCCCAUGCCUGCUCUUUGUAGGUAUUGUGAUGAUAAAGGACAAACAUUUUUGCAUAGCAUUGAUAGCUUUUAUUAUAGUAAUUAUGAAUCUGUCCUGUUUUAUUGUAAAAAAAAAAAAAAAAAAGAUGUAGUAGGAUGUAUGGAAAUACACAGAAUUGGGAUCGGAAGUCAUAUGUGUUUGAAUUCGGGGUCUGCAUCCUACUAGGAUUUACUCAAAGGCACUUCAGCAGUGCUUGGGAGUGGGGAAAUUCACUUUUGUCCAUUUAUGCAGAUACGAAUAUUCUUAUAUCAUCUUGCUAGAAAGGUUGACUUUAUGGGAAAAGGCCAAUCUACAUCAAUGAAAAUUAAUUAAUGAAAUAAAUAUUAGCAUACUUCCACGUAGUAUGAUUUACAGUACACGAGUAUUACAAUAUUGCAUGUUGACAUGAUUUUUUUUAUAAAUGCUGCAAAGCAUAAGCAGACGACCGUAAAGAGAUGAGUGCUGCAGUACCAGGCAUUGCCGCUAGAGGGAGACAUUGCACUGAGUGUCAGCAGAAGCAUCCAGCAGAAGGCCAUCGUGUUGCCUUUUUUUAUUUUGCAUGUGUGAACAACAGCUUUAAUUUAGGCUUUUUUGUUGCUUAUUUUCUUUAUUUCUGUUCCCAUAGAGGCCUUGACAUGCACUUGUCUCUUCUGGUAGUUUUUUUUUGUUAACACACAGACACACAUACUACGUAUGUACUAUACAUACAUUGUAUGACAAUUUCCUAAUAUUUUCCUUUUAAGGGGUUUCUUCCAUCCAAUUUUAGCUUGUGUGAAUGUGGCUGGGUAUCUGUCAAGAGAGGGGCUCAGGAGUGUGAAAAUAAGUGUGAGAAAACGACACAGAGAGUGUGUGUGAGUGGGCGCUGGCUGUCAAGUGACAUCUAUGUCAGUCCUGCUUGUUUAUUAAGAUGCUACUAAACGGGAGAUCAAACCACAAAAGUCACCUCCAUCUUUGGAGUCCUGGCGCCUUCCUCCCUGUCACGGCAUCGUCAGGGAUGAACUCAUUAAACCAUAUUUACACACUGUUGGCGUUUAAAAACAAUAAUGAACGUUGAGGGUGGUUAACUGGUGAUGCAGACACUAUAUAGACACUAUAUAGACACUAUAUAGCGCUAGCCACUAAAGUUGGUUGUCAGCGCCACUAAUAGAAAUGAAAAGUAGUCAAAUUUGUUAGGUUUUUUUAACGAUACAAAGUUACAAUUUUUUUCUCAUAAAUUUACAACUUAAUUCUCGGAAAUUUAUGACUAUUCUAGAGUUAUGCUCUAUUUUUCCUCUGACGUAUGGCACGUAAUAUUACGACUUCAUGCUCAUAAAUUUAUGACUACAUUCUUGUAAUAUUGCAACUUUUUUGUUGUAGAUUUACAACUUUAUUUUUGUACAUUUACAACUAUUUUGUAAAUUUCAGAUUUCCCCCCAUAAAUUUACAAUUUUAUUUUUUGUAAACAUAAUUUUUAAUGUAAAUUUAUGACUAUUUGUGUAAAGUC